UGUGUGUGUGGGGGGGGGGGUGGAUCUCAAGGAAGUGAAACCGACUUACACUCCCUCAUCACAAGGCAGAGGGCGGACGGUUGCCAUAGCGCCAGCGCAUUUCACCGGGAAGUGAGAAGCCAGACUGUUGAGGCUGUCAGCACGAACACACACACAAACACACACCACAACGGUCUCUCCUCAGGGCCGGCACUCAUCCGCCAGCUAUUUGUCAUUUGCCCCUCAGAGUUAUAAAUAUAACUAAUUAGUAUGCUGCUCCGAUGCAGGCCGGGUGAGAAGGAUAUGGAAAUCUAGCCUCCACACCCAUCUGACCCUCCCCGCAUUCCCCUCCGAUAGACUCACUCUUGGGGCUUGGAUUGCGGCUGGACAGGCGGACGGGUGGAUGGACACGGUAUAUAAGGUCCGGUGGAGAUGUCUCCCAGCUCACCACACUCCGCUCCGGCAAACCUGGCUCAGAGAACCCUGCUCCGACCCCACGCCUCCCCCUCUCCCUCUCGAUCGAGCUGAGCAUCGCAUCUCCAGGAACGGGGACACUCGGAGACUGUUUGAUCCAAACACCCAAAAGGGGACGUCCAUCCUGAUCUUCGGCCCCCUUUCAUCGUCCCGCUCCUCGGAUAUUUCCACGGACCAUGACCGAGCAGACCAAAUCAGCUUUGGGCCCUCGCCCUCAGUACGCCCGCGAUGCCACCUGGUACCCCCUCAGGAGCUGGUGGCAGCCCAGCCAGCCAUUCAGUCAGGACUUUGGCUCGCCCGCUUCCCUGGAGUCAGGGGACCUCGGUUGGAUGGAGUGGCUGCAGCGCAGACAGGCCUCCAGCAACUGGCCUGAGUUCGUGCCCUUCUCCCCCCUCCUCCUGCCCUCGUCCCCGGGCAUCAUGAGGCACCCCAGGACCAGGCCCGGCAGGGUGGCGGGGGAGACGGAGGUCAGGACGGAGCAGUACUUCUGGAGGGUCAGCCUGGACGUGGGUCACUUUGCCCCAGAGGAGCUGACCCUGAGGACCAGGGAAGGCUUCCUGGAGGUUGGAGGGCAACACGAGGAGAGAGCAGAUGAACAUGGAUUUGUUUCUAGAUGUUUUACAAGGAAAUACAAGCUACCCAUCGGGGUGGACUCCUCCCAGAUCCAGUCCACGCUGUCUGGAGACGGAGUUUUGUGUGUGGAAGCGCCUCUUCCUGUAGCUCCACUCCCCGGGGACCUCGUCAUUCCCAUCCAGGUGGAGAGGAAGACCACCGGAGAGGAGGGAGAUGCAAGGCCAGGAGAGGCCCACGAGGCUGACACUGAGAGCAGACACUCUCCACCGUCCGCCCCCGGAGCUCCAGACACCCCUGACCUGGCGUCUGGUAAACCCGCCACGGAGGGCCCGGACCUGGGGGAGUCUUCACUGGAAGGCCCCGGAGGUGAGGCCCGUCCAGGUAGUUCCGUGGUAGGACAUGAGGAGCCAGGAAGGGAGGGGAGAGAUGGAGGAGAAACGGGCCUCCCUGCUGAGCAUGCUGGGAAACCUCACGCCUCCGGCUCGGCAGAUGCCGAGGGCCUUCCGGAAUCUUCCGAGCACCUGGAGGCUCUGGAUGAUCCAGACAGCCCCGACACGCUCACCUCCGACCAGGCGGAGCACGCAGACCCGGCCCAGCACGAUGGAGAACCAGGGGGCUCAGGGGAGUCUUUUGAGGAACUCCCCCAGCCAGAGCAGCCUGAACCGGGUACAAGUCAACCAGAGGAGGCCCUUAGCCAGGAGCCGGAGGCUCCAGACAUGGAGCAGCAGGAGUUCACCAAGUAA